GUUUUACAAGAGUGAUCGCCCUUUGUGUAUGAUCAUUUUGCGCUGCUAUCCACUGUUACCAGCGGGCCACUUUCCCUUAUGCAAUUAGCCGAUCUAGGCUUCUUUUGCGAGAAAGCUCGCUUACGGAUGUUCGGGAAACCUGUCUCACGCCAUUAAACUGGAUAGCUGUUAGGGUUUUCAGUUGACUAUUCUUUCUUCCGUCAAGAAUUGUUAUUUAUAUUUGUUUUCCAGUGGUUCUGCUCAGCAUGGCUCCAACCAACCAAAGAUCAAGUGAAGAUUGGCGUCUUUUGGAGCUCAUAAGAAACCGGGCAUCAAAUCUCUUUGAAUUUUGCCAUUAUUAAAUGGUGGUAGGAGAUAGUUUUUCCUUUUCAGUUUGUGGGCGUUGAAGCAGAUUACUCAUUUCAUUCCUACAUGGGUGCCAGAAAUAUUGUGUCUGAUGAUGAAGAAGAGUAUGAAGAAAGUGACAUCAGAGAUGCUCGUGAUACAGAGGCAGUUGAUGAAGAGGAUGAAGAGGAGGCUGAAGAGGAGGGGCAGGAUGAGUAUGAGAAAGAUGGCUUCAUAGUUGAUGAUGUUGAAGAGGAAGAAGAGGAAGCUAGAGAAAGUAGUGAUGAAGAAAUGAAAGCAAGGAAAAAAAAAAGGAAGAAAAGGGAGGCUGAAGAGAAUUAUGAACUUGAUGAAGAUGAUUAUGAGUUACUACAAGAGGCCAAUGUGACUGGUUUUCACCGUCCAAAAUCUCAGGGCAGCAAGAAGUUUAAACGCCUUAAGAAAGCUGGAAAGAAUGAUCGCAUAGAGGAAAAGACGGGCUUUUCUGAUGAGGAUGAGUUGGAAGAGGGUGGUUGGACAGGUGCCACUGCAGAGGAAAAAUUGAAACGUAGUUUGUUUGGGGAUGAUGAAGGAGUGCCCCCAGAAGAUGUUGCAGAAGAGGAAGACCAGCUUGAAGAAGAGGAGGAGGAGGACAUGGGUGAAGAAGAUGAAAUGGCAGAUUUUAUAGUUGAUGAAGAAGAAGUGGAUGAAAACGGCUUACCUGUAAGGAGGAGGAGGAAAUCAAAAAAACGAAUAUCCAGGCAAGCUCCAGGCAUAUCAUCUAUUGCUUUGCAAGAAGCACAGGAUAUAUUUGGUGAUGUGGAUGAACUUUUGAGUCGUCGAAAGCAAGGUCUGAAAGCAAGAGGGUUUGAUGGUUUAGGAGGACUUGAUGAUGACCAAGGUGGAAGGAGACUUGAGGAUGAAUUUGAGCCAAGCAUUCUGGCAGAGAAGUACAUGACAGCUAAGGAUGAUGAUAUUCGUGAAACAGAUGUGCCUGAACGAUUUCAGUUGUCUGAAGAGAUUACUGGUCCGGUUCCACACAAUGAGAAUACAGUACCAGAGGCAAAGUGGAUAUAUGAGCAAGUAUUUGGCUCAUUAGCAGUACCCAUUAGGAAAGAGUUCCAGCAUAUUGCACAGCUGGACAAGGAAGAAGUAGUGAAGGAUAUUGCUAAUGUGUUAAAGAUGUUCCAUGAUCAAAAGUUAGAAGUCCCCUUUAUUGCUAUGUAUCGGAAAGAAAUGUGUCUCAAUUUACUUCGAGAUCUAGAGUACAGCUCUACAGAAGCUGCAGACAAAUCUGCAGAUAAACCCACAGAUAAAGCCGCAGACAAAGAAAAGAAGUCUAAAAUGAAAAUGUACAAGGCAUUGUGGGAAAUACAGCUUCGGGAUAGAAAAUGGCUUCUACUUCAAAGGAGGAAGACUGCUCUAAAAGCAUCUUAUGAGAAACGUGCUGGAGAAGAAGCAAGAAGAGAUCCAAUCAAAUGGAAGCUAUUAGAAACAGUUUUUCAGUCCCUUGAUGAUGCAGAGUCUGAACGGACUAUUGAUGACUUAGAUACAAAAUUUAACCUGCAUUUUCCUCCCGAUGAAAUUGAGGUAGAAGAAGGUCAGUUCAAGAGGCCAAAACGCAAAUCCAUGUAUAGCAUCUGUCGGAAGUCUGGACUGGGGGCUGUAUCAAGAAAUUUCGGUCUUACCUCUGAGCAACUGGGCAAGAAUCUAUUAGCUAUGUAUAAGAUGCAUGAGGUUGAAGAUGAUAGUAAUGCACCGGAGGAUGUGGCAGCUGGAUUUUCUGCUGGAGAAUUUGGGGAUCCACAGUCAGUGCUCAAAGGUGCUAGGCACAUGGCAGCAGUAGAAAUCAGUUGUGAGCCAGCUGUUAAGGAAUAUGCCCGUACUUUCUAUAUGGAAAAGGCAGUUGUAACUACAAAGCCUACUGCUGAUGGUAACAAUGCUAUAGGUUCGUUUCAUCAGUAUGCUAGGGUAAAGUGGCUAAAUAACAAGCCAAUAAGUAAGUUUGAUGAUGCACAGUGGCUUCUCAUUCAGAAAGCUGAAGAAGAGAAACUUCUUCAGGUUACUAUUGGUUUGCCUAAGGACGACUUAGAUGGCACUUUAAUGAAUGAAUUUGAAGCUUUCUAUCUUAGUGAUGGGGUGAGCAGAUCUGCACAGCUUUGGAAUGAACAACGUAAAUUAAUAUUGAAGGAUGCCAUAUGCAAUUACAUUUUGCCUAGUAUGGAGAAGGAAGCUCGAAUAGUGUUGUCUGCAAGAGCCAAAAACUGGCUGGUUCAGGACUAUGGAUAUCAGCUGUGGAAGAGAGUCUCAGUUGCACCUUUUCAGCGUCAGAAACCUGACAAUGACGAGUCAUCUGAAGAAGAUGCAGAAACACGUAUAAUGGUCUGCUGUCAAGGGUCCAAUAAAGAUCCAACAACAUUUGUGAUGCUAGAUCCUGCUGGUGAAGUUCUUGAUAUUCUUUUUACAUCACAUCUAAGUAUUCGUUCAAAGAAUUCUGGUCUGCAAAAGCGAAAGGAGAAUGACCAGCAGCGCCUUUUGAAGUUUAUGAUGGAUCAUCAACCUCAUAUAGUUGUUUUGGGAGCCUCAAAUUUGCGUUGUAAAUACUUGAAGGAUGAUAUCUUUGAGGUUAUUUUUAAGAUUGUGGAGGAGCAUCCACGUGAUUUGGCAGAAGGCUUGGACACGAUAAAUGUUGUUUAUGCAGAUGAAUUUUUACCUACACUUUAUGAGAAUUCUCGCAUCUCUCAGGAUCAGUUGCCAACACAGAGAGGGAUUGUGAGGCGUGCUGUGGCUCUUGGUCGGUAUCUUCAGAAUCCAUUGGCCAUGGUUGCAACAUUAUGUGGUCCUGGCAAGGAGAUAUUAUCAUUGAAGCUUCAUUCACUGGAACAUUUCCUGAGUCUAGAUGACAAGUAUGAAGCUGUCGAACAGGUAAUGGUUACAGUAACCAACCAAGUUGGUGUUGACAUAAACCUAGCAGCAUCACAUGAAUGGAUGUUUUCACCUCUGCAAUUUGUAGCUGGCCUUGGACCAAGAAAAGCUGCUUCCAUACAAAGGGCUAUUUUGAGGGCUGGAAGGGUUUACAGUCGCAGAGAAUUGUUGACCCCUCUAGAAGCUAUGAAGCGACUUGUAUUUAUAAAUGCUGCUGGUUUUUUAAGGGUUAGAGGGACUGGGCAAGCAGCUUCUGGGAACCAUGUUAUGGAUCCAUUGGAUGAUACUAGAAUUCAUCCAGAGUCAUAUGAACUAGCCAAGAAAAUGGCUGAGGAUGUAUAUUGUGAAGAUGCAGGACAGGAUAUAGAUGACAUGGAUGAGGAAACACAAGAAAUGGCAGUUGAACAUGUCAAAAAAUAUCCCAAUCUGUUAAUGACUCUUGAUAUAGAUGAAUAUGCUAGAAGCGUGGAACAAAGGACAUCCAAUAAAAAGCGGGAAACACUUGCUGACGUAAAGAUUGAAUUGGUACAUGGAUUCAAGGAUUGGCGAACACCAUAUAAAGAGCCAUCCCAGGAUGAGGAAUUUUAUCUGCUAACUGGAGAAAAUGAAGAGACCCUUUCAGUGGGGAAAAUUGUACAAGCAACUGCCCGUAGAGUCCUAAAUAAUCGCAUAAUUUGUGAUCUGGAAUCAGGUUUGACAGGUAUAAUAAUGAAGGAACAGCUUUCUGAUGAUAUAGAUAUAGAUCCAAUAGAAAAGGUUGCAGAAGGCAGCAUCCUUACCUGUCGGGUGAAAUCUAUGCAAAAAGCAAAGUAUCUAGUUGAUUUAACUUGCAAGGCGAGUGAGCUGAGGAAUGAUAACUGGCAGCCGCAGAAUGGAGAGGUUAAGGAGGUUAAGGAUCCAUAUUUUGCGAAAGCGGAUACCAUUAAACAAAGUGAACAAGAGAAUGCAAGGAAAGCAAAGGAACUUGCAAAAAAAUCUUUCAAGCCUCGGAUGAUUGUGCAUCCACGCUUCCUGAAUAUUUCAGAGGAUGAAACCAUUAAGUUUUUAUCAGAUAAAGAUGCAGGAGAGAGUAUUAUCCGUCCAAGUUUGAAAGGGCCUACUCACUUGAUGCUAACUCUGAAAAUAUUUGAUGGAGUUUAUGCUCACAAGGAUAUUGUGGAAGGAGGAAAAGACCAUAGGGAUUUUGCUAGUUUCCUUCGACUUGGGAAAACACUUUCAAUUGGGGAGGAGACAUUUGAAGAUCUUGAUGAGGUCAUAGAUAGAUAUGUGGAUCCGCUCAUUAGCAAUUUGAAGGCAAUCCUUGACUACAGGAAAUUCAGGAGGGGAACAAAAGCAGAGGUUGAUGAUGCAUUACGAAAGGAAAAAUAUGAAAAUCCAACAAGAAUUCCAUAUUAUAUAUCUGUUUCACAUGAACAUCCUGGGGCAUUUUUGCUUAGUUAUAUUAGGAGUACAAAUCCUCAUCACGAGUAUUUUGGGCUAUAUCCAAAAGGAUUUAAGUUCAGAAAGAGAAUGUUUGACAAUCUGGACAAGCUGGUUUCCUAUUUUCAAAAGCAUAUAAAUGAUCUUGUCCAACAAGAUUCUCUUCCUCCAAUUAGGUCGGUUGCAGCAAUGGUUCCCAUGAAAAGCCCAGGUCCGGGAGGAUCUGCAGGUGGAGGUGGUUCUGUUGGAAGUGGUUGGGGAGGAUCAGCCACAAACAGUGGUGGAGGGGGAGAUGGUGGCUGGGCAGGGUCAGCCAUGGAUGGUGGUAGAGGGGGAGAUGGUGGUUGGAGAGGAUCAGCCACUAAUAGCGGGGGAGAUGGUUGGCAGGGCCCCAUGGGUACAGAUUGGGAAAGAUCAUCCACACCAGGUUCAAGAACAGGUGGAAAUGAUUAUCAUCUUCAUAGUGCCAGUGGUGGGCUUCCAAGUGGUUUACCUAGGCCACCAAACAGUCGAGAAAGGGGAAGGGGAGUAAGAGGUGGUGGCAGUAGCAGUGCUGGUUGGAACGAAGGAAGAGAUGGUGGAUUUGAUAGAGGUGGAAAUGAGGGCAGGGGUGGAGGUAUGAGAGGUAGGUGGAGCGAGGAUGGAAGAAACAGAUGGGGAAGAAAUAAUGGAAGAGGUAUAGGGUCUGGAAGGGGAGCCAAUGAAGCAAAUAUUAACAAUAGGUGGGGGCGAAAUUCUGGUGAUGCAUGGGGAUCAAAAACUGAGGAAUGGGGCAGCAAUUCUGGCAGCAGAAUUCCGGAAUCUCCUGCACGAGGAGCUUGGCCUGUGAGCUCUGGGGAAAGUGAGUUGAACAGACGGGGAAGUGAUGGGUGGGAUACUGGAAAAUUAAGCGAUGGCUGGAAUUCUGCCAAAGUUAGUGAUCGUGAUGCUACAUUGAAAGAUAGUACAGGCAGACAAGAGGGUCUCAGUAAAGUUGGUGAUGACAUGCCAAGCACUUCAAAAGAUUGGGCUAAACAGCCUAGUGGAUGGGAUCAUGCAGCAGCAGGUAGUAAUGGGAGUGUUGGAGGUAGUGGUUGGGAGUCAUAAGGUGGCAUUGGCAAAUAACAGAGGCCAUGCAGACCUUAUAACUGAAUCGACUGGGAUAUUUACAGCUUUAGUAGUUUACAUAAUCUAUUUCUGCUUAGCUGUUGUGUUGUUUGCUUGAAACCAUGGAAAGCUGUCAUCAUCAAGCCACUUGAAUGAAUUCAGAAAUCGUUCUCUUCAGUUUCACCCUCCCUGACUAUAACAAAUUCUUCAUUGAACUGCAAAUAGUGUCCAAGAUUUUUGUACAGUAGGCUAUGGAGUUACACAAUCUAUAUUCCUUCAUAUUAAUUAAUUACAUAAUUGCAACUAAUCUAAUUAUAUAAUUCUUCUCUA